GUCUUCCCGCUUCUCUCGCCUCUCCGCCAUGGCGUCCGUCACACCGCUGGGGUCGCGGAGCCGGGGCUCCGCGGCCUCCCUGCAGCUGAGUCCCACGCACCAAUUACGGCUGCAGCAGAAGGAGGAGCUGCGGCAGCUGAACGACCGCUUGGCAGUCUACAUCGACAAGGUGCGGAGCCUGGAGACGGAGAACAGCUCCCUGCAGCUGCAGGUCACGGAGCGGGAGGAGGUGCGCGGCCGCGAGGUCGCCAGCCUCAAGGCGGUCUACGAGACCGAGUUGGCCGACGCCCGUCAGACGCUGGACGACACCGCUCGGGAGCGGGCCAGGCUGCAGAUCGAACUGAGCAAGCUCCGCGCCGAUUAUGAGCAGCUCCUGGGCAGCUACGAAAAAAAAGAAACAGACCUCAAUGGAGCUCAGAUAAAAAUCAGAGAGCUUGAAGCAGCCCUCAAUUCUAAAGAAGCUGCACUGGCCACAGCACUUGGUGAUAAGAGAAGCCUGGAGGAAGAAAAUGAUGAUUUAAGAGAUCAAAUGGUACAGCUUGAAGCUUCUUCAGCUGCUGUCAAGGAACAGCUUGCAAAUGAAACCUUACAGAAGGUUGAUCUUGAAAACCGUUGUCAGAGUCUCAUUGAGGACUUGGAAUUCCGUAAAAAUAUGUAUGAGGAGGAAAUCAAUGAAACAAAAAGGAAACAUGAGACUCGCUUGGUUGAAGUUGAUUCUGGGCGCCAAAUUGAAUAUGAACAUAAACUGGCCCAAGCCCUUAGUGAAAUAAGAAUGGAGCACGAUGCACAAGUGAAGCUAUACAAAGAAGAGCUUGAACAGACUUACUAUGCCAAACUUGAGAACGCUAAACUGUCCUCUGAAAUGAGCAGUUCUGCAACCAAUUUGAUAAGAGAAGAACUGAAUGAAAGUCACAUACGAAUUGAUACUCUGACUUCCCAUCUCACCAGCCUUCAGAAAGAGUCUAGAGCGUGGCAAGAUAGAGUGCAAGAGCUUGAGGACAGCUUGGCCAAGGAACGGGAAAACUGUCACAAAUUACUGUCUGAGAAAGAGAGAGAAAUGGCCGAGUUAAGAAGUAAGGUGCAGGAGCAGCUGGAUGACUAUGAGCAACUUCUGGAUGUUAAACUGGCGCUUGAUAUGGAGAUCAGUGCAUACCGGAAAUUGCUUGAGGGUGAAGAGGAGAGAUUGCAACUUUCUGCAAGCCCAUCUUCCCGAGUGACUGUUUCACGCGCUUCGUCAAGCCGUAGUGUGCGUACAACCAGAGGGAAGAGGAAGAGGAUAGAUGUGGAAGAAUCUGAAGCCAGCAGUAGUGUUAGCAUUUCCCACUCAGCUUCUGCCACUGGAAGUGUCUCUAUUGAGGAGAUAGACAUUGAUGGAAAGUUCAUCCGCUUGAAGAACAACUCUAGACAGGAUCAACCUAUGGGAGGCUGGGAGCUGAUCCGAAAAAUAGGAGACACUUCUGCUAUUUACAAAUAUACCUCAAGAUAUGUACUAAAGGCAGGCCAGACUGUUACAGUCUGGGCUGCGAAUGCUGGAGUAACUGCUAGCCCUCCCACUGACCUCAUCUGGAAGAACCAGAAUUCUUGGGGCACUGGUGAAGAUGUGAAAGUUGUACUGAAAAAUUCUCAGGGAGAGGAGGUUGCUCAGAGAAGCACUGUCUUUAAAACAACUGUACAUGAAGAGGAAGAGGAGGAAGCUGAGGAAGAAGAAGCUGAAGCUAUGGAGAAGCAAGGCCUUUAUUACCAGCAGGCAAGCUCGAAGGCAUCUAACAGAAGCUGUAUGAUCAUGUAAACUUCUAGUCAGCGGAGUUCCUCAAAUUAUGGUAAACAUUAUCUGCAGAACAGAGCCUGCUCAUAAGCACAACGUAUUUUUGUAUUUUCUGUAUGUGAAGUUUUAUGCUGCGAGUCUGAUGGCCUUAAUUUCCUUUGUCAAUGAAAAGGAAGUUUUGUAAAAGAAAUACCUGUAACUUUCUCACAGGAUGUGAAUUGUUGAUUCUGAACAAUGUACUGUUUGAAAAGUGA